AUGGCUCAGUUUGGAGCACCAAGGAACCCCUGUUAAUUGGGUCUCCCACCUCACUGCAGCUGUGGUGUCUCAGCCAGCAAAAGACCCAGCUGUAGUUGAGCGUGCAAAUCUGCUGAACAUGGCUAAGCUAAGUAUAAAAGGACUCAUUGAAUCAGCUCUGGGCUACGGCCGUACUUUGGAUUCAGAUUACCCUCCUCUUCAGCAGUUCUUUGUUGUAAUGGAACAUUGUCUCAAGCAUGGCCUUAAAGUGAGAAAAUCAUUUUUGAGCUUUAACAGAACAAUAUGGGGUCCCCUGGAACUGGUGGAGAAGCUAUGUCCAGAAGCCGAAGAGAUUGCAGCCAGCGUGCGAGACUUACCGGGGCUCAGAACACCCCUCGGUCGAGCUAGAGCCUGGCUGAGGUUAUCAAUGAUGCAGAAGAAACUGGCAGACUAUCUGCGUUGCCUGAUCAUGCGUAGGGAUCUCUUGAGUGAGUUUUAUGAAAACUAUGCAGUAAUGAUGGAAGAAGAAGGGACAGUAAUUGUUGGAUUGUUGGUUGGAUUGAAUGUGAUUGAUGCCAAUCUCUGUGUCAAAGGAGAAGAUCUGGAUUCACAAGUUGGGGUCAUUGAUUUUUUCCAUAUAUUUAAAAUCUGAAGAAGAUGAUCAUGAUCGGGAAGGAAGGAAUGUACACAUUUCUGCAAUACUGGAUCAGAAGAAAUUAUGUUGAAGAACUUAACAGACAACUGAAUGGUACUGUUAGCAGUCUUCAUACAAGAAUCGAUACACUGGAAAAGUCCAAUGCAAAACUCAUUGAAGAGUUAGCAAUAGCCAAGAAUAAUAUUAUCAAAUUGCAAGAGGAAAACCAUCAAUUAAGGAACGACAAUGCCAUGAUUUUCAUGAAAGCUCAUCAACAUCUAGAGGCAGCCAAGGCCAGUAUUGAAGCGGAGCAGAUAUACAGACAGCAUACAAGACAUGGGCUGAAUGAUAUCUUUACUGACAUAUGUACGCAUCAUGAAGACGCACAGCUGAGACAGGAAUCAGACACUGACCUUGAGCCAGUAAGAGUGCAGCAUGAGAUUGAACUUGCAGUUAAGUUGUUGGAGAAAGACAUUUUAGAAAAGCAAGAUACUCUCAUUGGUCUAAAAGAGCAACUGGAAGAAGUAAAGGCAAUUAACUUUGAGAUGUACCAGAAAAUGCAGUGUUCGGAAGAGGAAGCCAAAAAAAGAGAUGUGAUUGAUGAGCAGGAUGGGAAGUCUUCCCAAAUGUCAGCUUGCAGAAAACCAUAUGAAGAGAGCGAUAAAGAUGUUUUAAGCCAAUCUAGGAACAUUGAAAUAACGUAUGUGAAGGCUGCAAGUGUUGAAUCCGCCCCCCAAUAUAAACUUAUUAAAGAUAUAUCAUUCUAG